AUGGGACCCCCGCAGCUGGAGCUGCAGACCGAGCCGCUGGGCCUGCCUCUGGCGGCGGAGGCGCCGCCGCACGGGGCGCCGCCGCACCCGCCCGCGCCUCCCACGGCACACCGCCUGCGGGGGUGCGCGCGCGGCGUCUGCUGCCGGCCGCACGAGGUGCCGCCCUACUCCCUGGCCUACGAGCUGCACUUCUUCUUCGCGAAGGGCCUUCCGCUCGGCCUGGCGGCGGUGCUGAGCUGGGGGGUGCCGCCCCUCCUCGCCAUGCUCUUCGCGGGGCACACGCGGAGCAGCGCGCACCUGCAGGCCGCGCUGGGCUACGGCCGGGUCUGGUUCAACUGCACGAUGCUCAUGCCCACCUUCGGCCUGGGAGCGUACUUCAACAGCGUCGUGCCCGGUUGCAUCGGAGCUGGGCGCGAGGAGCGCAUCCCGUGGUAUCUGCGGCGCUCCAUGCUGCUGACGACCAUAUGCAUGCUUCCCAUCUACGCACUGCAAUUUUCAGCUGGGCAGGUGAUGUAUGCCCUCGGUGUCCCUGGCGACUACAUUCCUGACAUCAGCGUGUUUUGCCAAAUUAUGGUCGUAAAUGGAGUCCUCAUCUCGUUCUCCUCUCACCUAGACUGCGUGUGCGUCAAUUCGGGCUAUGCGAAGUGCUCCACACUGAACUCGCUGAUAACGGGCUUGGGCGUAGAUGUGUUCUGCAACUACACGUUUGUCUUUCACCUAGGCUGGGGUGUCACCGGCGCUGCACUGGCACAGAUCGUGGUUCAGGCAAGCCGCAUAGCAGUUUGGCUGGCGUGCAUGGGGCACUUCAAGAUUAUCCGGAAGACGUUUUCAGCUCCACGAGGAAGCGAGAGACUCUUCAGCAAGAAAGAGUUACGUGAGUUCUUCCGAUUGGGGUUGCCGAUGAUUUUGGUGUUCUUCUCAGGGUGGUUUAUAUUCGAAUUUCAGAUCAUGGCGAUCACUGACAUUCAAGGUAUAAGUAAGGAUGCACUCGCCGCUGGCGCAGUAUGGGUUCAGGUUGAGUCCUCGUUGGCCGCAGCGCAGGACGGAUGGAUCAGGUCGACUUCCAUGCGGAUGCUGAACCUUUUGGGUAAGCAGGACCGCGGGGCGGCGAAGGCGUUCAUGGUCCUCAACGCGCUGUCGCUCGCGGUCGUCGUUCUCUCAAAUGUGCCGUUCCUGAUCCUUCAGGAGAGCAUCGCCAGGCUCCUGAGCAACGAUACGGAAGUUCAGCGGUGGUUGUACAAGCUCCUUUGGGUUCUCGUGCCUCAUACGGUGGAGCCGCAGGUGCAGCACCCCGUGGGUGGAUUGGAGGUCUGCCUGGCUGGCCGCCGGGAGGUGUGCAAGCUUGGAGUGGCCGGCCUGGCCCGCGGGCUGAGGUCGCCGGGCAGGGAGGUGGCGGGUCCACGGUCUGCCUUCGGCGUGCGCACGCUGCAGGUCCGCGAGCACCGAGAGGAGCUGCCCCUCGCAGCAGGCGCGGGGCAGCCAAACGGCCAGGCGACCGCAGACGCCGCAGACAUCCAGACGCCGACACACGAGAUGAGCGGCUGGAAGAGCACGCUGUGCCGCGCCAACGGCGAGGUCGUGAGAGUGGCCGUCCCGACGGGCGGAGAGGCGAGACCUGUUGUCCGCAGCGUCGAGCCGGGCCACAAGGUCAUCUGGAAGCUUCAGAUUCGGCUGUACACGGAUAGCCCCCUCCACCCACUCCUGUACAGGAUGGCAGGCAUGCAGGUAGGCUGGAUCCACGAUGGAUCUGUAGCUGCCGCCCUAUGCCUGCGGGCCCGUACUGUAGAUACGAUUGUCAUACAGACCCGCCGCGUCACGAGUUCCCUCGCGGUGCUCGCUGCGGGCGCUGGCGCGCUGGCGGGAAUCGUAGCGACUGCCGCCCCGCGCGGGAUGGCAGGCAGGCAGGUGAGCUCUGCGGCGGGCGCGUGCGGCAGCCGGAAGCUCGUCAUCCAGAGGUACUACAUGAUGUUGUCCCGCGAGGGCAUCAUGGGCGAGGGCACCUCGAGCAUCUGCAGGCGUGGUUUGGAGAUCAACACAGACCGGGAGGUGGCCAUCAAGAUCUACAAGCAGGAAAAAGGAUCAGAUCAGGAUACCAUUAGCGUCGAGAACAACAAGUUCAAGAACCAGAUCCAGGUGCUGAAAGAGCUGCAGCGGGAGUUCCGCCGGCCCGCGGAGGAGGGCCUGUGGCAUCCUGAGCUGGAGCGCCUACGACCUUCCAAGGUCUUUAUGCAGCUUGUGGACUUCUCGAAGGACUGGCGUGGAAAUCCUGGCCCAGACAGACUCGACAGUGUAUCUUAUGUGGUUACGGAGCUGGGUUCGUACAGCUUGAAGGACCAACGAUUAUCUCCGCCAGCGCAAGCGAGAUCGAAAUCCCAUGUCAGUGGAGACGGUGAGGGGCCUGACGAAGACGAUCGUGCUGGUCGUCGCUGCUUUACACGCGAAGGGCCUGGUGCACCUGGACCUGAAGGCGCGCGAGCCCGGCGGGUGCGGGCCCGCGAGCGCGCCGCGGCGUCGAGGCGCGACCCUUCUGUGCCAGCGGUGCCCGGGCCGCGCGAGCGUGCCGCACGACCUUGGCGGCCGAGACAGCGGGAGGGCGAGCGAGUUUUGCUCGUGUGGGCGCGCGCGCGCGGGGGGAGUUCCGAGAGUCCUCGCUGGCGGGUCUGGUCUCCCCUGUUGAAGCCGUCAGGGGCAGUCCUUAGCAGUAGGCGGGGCAUCAGAAUAUCUGGCCGCCGUUCCGCAUAG